UUCAUUUUCACACACUCUCUGCUAUCAUUUCUCCGAUUCAACCGAGAAUCUCCUCCCUCAGAUCCCAAAAAGUAGCAGCUGUUAUCCGCUCUUGAAAUAUGGGAAUGGACAGCAAUACGCGAGACCAAAAAGUGGCGAUGGAAGGCGGAUCGUAUGUACUCGAGCAGGAAGAUGAGAAAGAAGAGACGUCGAUUGAGAAGAUCUUUGAAGCGAAGGAGGUGCCGCCAUGGCAGAGACAGGUGACGGUGAGGUCUCUGGCGGUGAGUUUGGUGCUGGCGGUUCUAUUCACCUUCAUUGUUAUGAAGCUGAAUUUCACCACCGGUAUUAUACCUUCGCUCAAUGUUUCGGCGGGGCUGCUCGGAUUCUUCUUCGUUAAGACAUGGACGAAGCUUCUUCACCGAGCCGGACUCUUGAAGCAGCCGUUUACUCGCCAGGAGAAUACCGUCAUUCAGACCUGCGUUGUCGCUUCCUCUGGCAUCGCCUUUAGCGGUGGUUUUGGUAGCUACCUGUUUGGAAUGAGUGAAAUUGUUGCUAAACAAUCGACCGAAGCCAAUGAUCCGAAGAACAUAAAGAACCCAGCAAUCGGAUGGAUAAUUGGUUUUCUAUUUGUUGUUAGCUUCCUUGGUCUUUUCUCUGUGUUACCUCUUCGAAAGAUAAUGAUAAUAGACUUCAAAUUGAUAUAUCCAAGUGGUACUGCUACUGCCCAUCUGAUCAACAGUUUCCACACCCCUCAGGGUGCCAAGCUAGCAAAGAAGCAAGUUCGACAAUUAGGGAAGUUCUUCUCUUUUAGCUUCUUGUGGGGUUUCUUUCAGUGGUUCUUCACAGGUGGAGACGGCUGUGGAUUCGCUGAGUUCCCUACAUUUGGUCUGAAAGCCCAUGAACACAAGUUUUUCUUUGACUUCUCAGCAACCUAUGUUGGUGUUGGGAUGAUAUGCCCAUAUCUGAUCAAUGUAUCUCUUCUUGUUGGAGCAAUUCUCUCAUGGGGUAUUAUGUGGCCUCUAAUUGAUGCCAAGAAGGGUGACUGGUUCUCCGCAGACCUCAGCCCCAGCAGUCUCCACGGCCUGCAAGGUUAUAAGGUCUUCAUAGCAAUAGCUAUGAUUCUUGGUGAUGGUCUGUACAACUUCGUUAAAGUCCUGGGUCACACUCUAGCUGGAUUGUAUAAACAAGUGAGCCGAAAAGAUACCGUCCUCCCAGUCAAUAGCCGUGCCUACCCAGAAAACACCCCAGCUAUUUCGUAUGAUGAACAGAAAAGGACUGAACUCUUCCUCAGGGAUCAAAUUCCAAACUGGUUUGCAAUUUCUGGCUAUCUGGCGAUAGCAAUUGUCUCUAUCAUAACACUCCCCCACAUUUUCCCUCAGCUAAAAUGGUACUACAUUGUGGUGAUCUAUAUUGUAGCACCUGUGCUGGCUUUCUGCAAUGCCUAUGGCUGUGGGCUCACAGAUUGGUCCUUGGCAUCAACCUAUGGAAAACUAGCAAUCUUUACAAUUGGGGCAUGGGCAGGGGCAGCUCACGGUGGUGUGAUAGCUGGUUUAGCAGCCUGUGGUGUGAUGAUGAACAUUGUGUCAACAGCCUCUGACCUGAUGCAGGAUUUCAAGACAGGCUACAUGACAUUGGCUUCCCCAAGGUCAAUGUUUGUUAGCCAAGUCAUUGGAACAGCAAUGGGCUGUGUGAUCUCCCCCUGUGUAUUCUGGCUCUUCUUGAAGGCUUUCAGUGACUUUGGUUUCCCUGACUCUCAAUACCCUGCUCCAUACGCUCUCGUGUACCGCAACAUGUCGAUCCUUGGUGUUGAAGGAUUCUCAGCUCUCCCAAAGAAUUGCCUGACAUUAUGCUAUGUCUUCUUCUUCGGGGCAAUGGUAAUCAACGGAAUCAGAGAUGCCGUGGGCAAGAAAAGAGCUAGUUUCAUUCCAUUGCCAAUGGCAAUGGCAAUUCCAUUCUAUCUCGGUGCUUAUUUCGCCAUUGACAUGUGUGUUGGGAGCUUGAUUUUGUUUAUCUGGAGAAAAGUGAACAAGGCUAAGGCUGAUGCAUUUGCCCCAGCUGUUGCUUCAGGCUUGAUUUGUGGGGAUGGAAUAUGGACUCUGCCAAGCUCAAUUCUGGCCUUAGUGGGCGUGAAGCCACCAAUUUGCAUGAAGUUCUUGUCGAGUUCAGCAAAUGAGAAGGUGGAUGCUUUCUUGAAUUCUUGAGAUGGUGCAAAGGUUAGGUGUGUUUCUACUUGGGUAAUUCAGCAGAGGUACUCUUUUUAGUUUUAAGCUUAUAAAGUGUUGUCGUUUUAUGCUUAGCUACUUGAAUGGGAAAA